GGAGCGAAGUCCCAGGACCCCCCCGUGCACCCCAAACCCCAAAUCCCCCCCGCACCCGAAACCCUCCGACUCCUCUGCAGCUCCCCCGCCGCCCGGCUCGAUCCAGUCCCGGGGGGGCCCCCCAAACCCCCUGACUCAGUUUGCCCUGGGUGCCUGGGGGGGUUCGGGGGUCCCCGCUCACCCACGGUGCCCCCCCAGGUCCUGGAGUCUCCUGCCAUGUGGAACCCUGGUGCAGGACAGCCGCCCCCCCCCAACCCCGCGUACCCCCCGAACCCCACGUACCCCCCCCAGGUCCCACCCCCCAACCCCGUGUACCCCCCGCCCGCGGCGCCCCCCAACCCGCUGGGGGGGCCAGGGCAGCCCCCGUACCCCGCUGGGCCCCCCCCGUACCCCCCGGGGCCGCCUCUGGCCCCCUCGGGCCCCCCCUUGGGCCCCCCCCUGCCGCAGCCCCCCCACCCGGGGGUGCUCCCCCACCCGGGAGUGCUCCCCUCGCUCCCCCCCGGGCUGGACAAGAAGGCGGCAAAGAAGAUGAAGAAGAGGAUGAAGAAGGCUCACAAGAGGCACAAGCGCUCUUCGUCCUCGUCCUCGUCCUCCUCCUCCAGCAGCUCCGACUGAGGCACCCGCAGGACCCCCCAGAAUCACCUGGGACCACCAGAAACCACCUGGACUCUCUUGGGACCCCCAUCCUGUUCCCCGUCCCCUACUGCUGGUUGGGGGGGUCCCAGGUUGUCCCCCCUGUCCCCCAAUAAAGCUCUGGGACACCCCAAA